CAUAGAAAUACAUAUUGACAGCCUUUUUUUAAAUGACAAUUUCGUUUUGUUAUUCACUGUACAUUAUUUUACUCUUUUAGUUCACUUUCUAAUCAACUAAGAAAGUUUUUACUAUGGAUGGUAAAAGUAAAUUACGGCAAUGGCUCAAUCGAAAAAUGAAAAUUGAAAUGAGUGAUAAAAGAGUUCUUAUUGGUAUCUUUCUAUGUACUGAUUGUCAUAGAAAUGUGAUUCUUGGUUCCUGCUUAGAAUACCUUAAAUUUGAAGAGUGUGGUGAAAAAGAAGAGCCACGAAGCUUGGGUCUGGCUAUGGUUCCAGGUCAUCAUAUAGUCUCAAUACAUGUAUCAUAUUAAUUAAUAGAAAUGAUUUAUAAUCUUGUUACUUCAUUUUGAAAUUUGUUGUCUAGAUUGAAAUUAUGGCAUCAAUAUUUAAUGACCAGUCUAGUUUGCUUCUAUGCUCGAUUAAUCAACUGAUAAAAACACUUUUUUUUAAAUGAUUCAUGAACAAUUGUAUAAAAUCAAACACAUUCACAAAAUAUAAUUGAAAAAAUAUUACAACUUUAA